CGCUCAACUCUUUCGACUCCAGCACCACCGCAAUCAUGGCAGACACACUCAAGGACUCACCGCUGCGUGCGGUGCAAGUCGAAGCGCUGGUAGUGAUGAAGAUCAUAAAAGCCUCCGCUGGCGCCUUCCCGACAACCGCGACAGGCUCACUUGUGGGCAUGGACGUCAACGGCACCCUCCAGAUCACAAACUCUUUCCCGUUCCCUACGGUCGACGUCCCGGCGACAGAUGGACACCAAGACUCGGCAUCGAACCUGGCCGCGGCCGCGCCCCGCGCGAAGGCGAACACAGCGUACCAGAACGAGAUGAUCAAGUUUCUGCGGGAGGUGAACGUGGACGCGAACAAUGUGGGAUGGUAUACUAGCACCAAUAUGGGCAACUUCAUCAACCUGAACACGAUCGAGAACCAGUUCUUCUACCAAAAGGAGAUGAACGAGAGGACCGUGGCGCUUGUGCAUGAUGUUAGCAGGAGUUCGCAAGGGAGCCUGAGUUUCCGGGCUUUCAGGCUUUCGCCUUCUUUCAUGGCGGCUUACAAGGAGAGCAAAUUCACGACUGAAGCUCUCCAGAAGAGCGGCCUACGAUACCAAGAUAUUCUGAUCGAACUCCCCCUCACCAUCCACAACUCGCACCUCCUCACCUCUCUCCUCCAUCAACUCCCGUCGGAAGCGCCAAAGGAGGAGCUCGCAUUCCCUCCGACCCUCGCAGCACUACAAGCAGACCCCAACACCCCGCAACCGCCUCUAUACCCCAAUUUCGACUCUCUGGACCUCUCCAUCGACCCCUUCCUGGAGAAGACGUGCGAUCUACUACUCGAAAGCAUCGAGAACCACCACACCGAACUCAACAACCAUCAAUACUACCAGCGAUCGCUCGGACGAGAACAGGCAAAGAUCACCGCCUGGCAGCAAAAGCGAAAGGCGGAGAAUGCGGCCAGAGUUGCAGCGAAGCAAACACCCCUUCCAGAGGACGAAUGGCAGAGGCUCUUCAAGCUGCCCCAGGAACCAAGUAGGCUGGAGGUGCUACUCAACUCGAGGCAGGUGGAGCAAUACGCCAGACAAGUGGACGGUUUCACAGCGAGUGUCAGCGCGAAAAUGUUUGCGGUCAAGAGCAAUCUGCUACCCGGAGAGUAGGCGUAGAGAUGGGAUGCUAGGGAUUAUUCUGCACUACCUAACCUUUGUCUUGCAUGGGCACGGCGUUACUGGGCAGCGAAGGGCUAGGUGGUUGGUAUUGAGGGUGGAUAUGAGAAAAUGAGCUUUGGUCUGAUGGGCGACUUGUGUGCAAUAGGAC